UCAGUCACACAACACUUGUUUUGUUUUGAUUCAGCAGUUUUAGCUGGUUUCAGUUUCAGCGUUUCAGGUUUACAUUUUCAAUCGGAUGGAAAUUGUGUUUAUUUUUGUUGCAAAAUGAGCAUAGAAUUGUGGUUUGAUACAGAUAGCGAAGAUGACACGGAUGAUGAAGAAUACGUCAACAUAUCUAUAGAACGUAGACGAAUAAGGGAUACAUCUAAUCCGCUGGACCAACCGGAUAAAUCUUUCAUUGAAUCGUUCAGAGUAUCCAAGGACAUUUACAAACACCUGUUGCAUAUUAUAGAGGCAAACAUAAACCGUGUUCAACGUUUUACGUCGGUUCCCCCAACGAUCAUGCUGGCAGCUUCGCUAAGAUUUUUCGUUGGAGGCAACUAUCAGAAGGGCGUCGGCGACGAUCGUUUUAUUGGAUUGGCCCAACCAACGAUGUCGAAAGUGCUGCAAUCAGUUUUGAACACAAUCGAAGCGAAUGUCUGCCCAGACGUAAUCCAGUUUCCAUCUUCAGAACAAGCCAUAAAUGCGAUCAAGAACGCAUUCUACAAAAGAACUGGUUUUCCAGGAGUAAUGGGGUGCAUAGAUGGAACACACGUGAGCAUCAUUCUUCCGGCACGCGACAAACAGCUGUACCAUAAUAGCGAAGGCUUCCACAGUUUGAACGUUAUGUUGGUGUGUGAUCACACGUUGACGAUCAGGUAUCUCGAUGCCAAUCAUCCGGGCUCAUCCCACAAAUCGUCUGCAUGGAACGAUAGUUUGCUGAAGGAAACGUUGGCCGACAGAUACGACAGUGGGGACAAGAAUACUUGGUUGAUUGGUGAUGCUGGUUUUCCCUUGGAACCGUUUCUCAUUACUCCUUUUCGGACCGAUAAAAAUACCUCUGAACGACAGACGAAGUUCAAUGAAAUCCACUCUAAAACUUGGGUCACAGUGAAACGGGCAAUUGCAGUGCUCAAGAAUACAUUCCGAUGCUUAUCAGCAAAACACCUGUACUAUAAGCCAGAAAAGGCCGCACAAAUUGUAAACGUUUGUGUUGCGCUACAUAAUCUUCGCAUACAGUACAAGAUGGAUUUCGAGGAGCCCGAUUUGUCAACAGCAAAAAGUGAUGCAGAUUUACUGAGCGUUGAAGAGGAUCAGAAUGAUGAUGAUGCAGAAAGAACCAGAGAAGAAAUUAUGAACAGUAUAUUCACAAAUACAAUGUGUGUCAAUGUGUGUAUGCAUUUCAAUAAUAAAACCUAAUUUUAUUCCUGGCGCUAUUCUUAGUUAUUUUCUUCUGUAGGAGUUAUUUUAAGUCACAUUCUACAUGGCACUCGGAGUAGGUCUAAAGUUGCUCUACAUCCGGUUCUAAAUAUGAUCAUUGUGGUACCUGAGUAGGGACAUGCGAGAUUAAACAUACAAACCUAAAUACUGCCCUGAUCGAAGAUAUGUUUGACAGUUUAGAUUGGAAGUGAAGAGAGUAAAACGUGUCUGAUAAGGGUGCAAUAAAUGAGUUAUAAUUUCUUGGCAA